GGAGGUCUGAGAGCAUUUCUUCCCGAGGCCUGAGCAGAGGCAGCGUGUGUGCUCAAGGCACAAGAGUACAGGCCCAUUGCCAUGGGUGUGUGCAGGGGGGUCGCCACCCCAGCCUGUUCCCUCCUCAGCCAGACUCUCAGCACUGAGCUGAGCGGGGUGCUUUUUGUUUAGGCCUUGCACUUCCAGCCUCCCCUGGUAGGGGUAGAGCUCCUUUCUCCUGUGCUGCCUCUGGCUGGCUGCCUGCUCCUCACCCCUCUCACCAGCUCCCUGCACAGAGGGAGCAGUGGGUUCCAGGGGCACAGGAGGGGCCUAGAGCGCUGCCCUCUGGCUGAAGUCAAACAUGGGAAAAGCUCCCAAGGUAGUGGAGUCACCCUGUGGAGCGGAUGAGGCUGCACGAACUUCAGAAACCAAUCACUGGCACCUGGCGCACACUGGGAAGGAAUCCAUCUCCGUCACUCUGCAUGGUGCCACCAACCUGCCAGCCACCCAGAAGGGCACUGUGCCAUGGCCCUAUGUCACUGUCAAAAGCAGCUCGGAUGUUGAGAAGAAACGGGAAGCCCAGGGAGUGACUCAUGUGUCUGCUGAGUCUACUCACUCUCCAACCUGGGAGGAGAAGGUGACCAUGGAAAUAGAUGCGGAGGAUGCAGGCCAUGAAGAUAUGAUCCUUACUGUGGCCGACAAAGUCACCAAGGAGGUCCUAGCAAGCUACAAGAUUCCUGUGAGGUAUCUCCGAUUGUUCCACCACUACCACUUCAAACUGGUGCUGCCAAGGCAGAAGGACCCCGUGGGGACAAGUCUCUAUGCUACAGUUGUUCGUAAAGGCAGCCUCAUCCCGCGUUAUGUUGGAAUGAAUUACACUGGCUUGGAGGUUUUCCUCCAGGGAAUGAAGAAUCCUCUAGCAGAUCCCCCAGGCCCUAUCAUAGCCAUUGCCAGAGUGGUGAACAACUUCAGUGCGUACAGAAAAGCCAUGAAGAUGCAGCCUCCUGGCUCUCUUGCAGUUGAAUUAACCACGGUGACGUUCCCAGACCCCUCCGUGGUGGCUUUCGAUGUUCCUCGGGUCACCAACCAAGGAUAUCCUCAGGUCAUGCAACCUCGUGGGCCCCCAGAGAAACCAACGUGGAACUCCUCCAUCCUCUUCCAAUCCAGGGAUGGGGCCACCCUCUUCUCAGACAAUACCAGCCUGGUGAUUGAAUACUAUCCAUAUAAAGCAAUGUCAGAAAUAGAAGCUGAUAACAAGCCUUUGGGCUACUCUGUGUUGCCCUUAACCAACCGUGUGUAUCGGAGUCUUGUGGCAGAGAGAAACCGGAAUGGGGUUCGAGUGGAUGAUGUUCCCAUCCAGGGCACGAAUCUGAAAACCACAUCCGGUGCUGUUCCAGCUGUUCAACUCUGCAUGCAGCUGCUUGGCUCAGAGAGACCAGAUACGUUUCUCACCCCGUCCAACACUGACAUGCUUCCCAACCUGGAUCCCAAACUCCUGGCGAAGAUUGGGGCAAUCAGAGAGUCCUGGGCACAAUCUUCCUCUCUCUUACGGCAGGCUUCUGUCAAAGGGGACAAAUCACAGUUCACACCUCAGCCCCCGGAUGAAAUGCCCCCCAUUGAGCUUGAACGCAAGAAGUCUCAUUUCAAUCUGUUGUUGCUUCACCAAGAUAAUGGCAUCUCCCUUCCGCCCCCCGAUGCUGUCGCUGAUAUCCUACCAGAAAAGCAGACGUUCCUAUAUGAAAAGGCAGCCACCCCAACUGACAGUGAUGUGGAUGAUACGCACAUGCUCAAUAGAACCCAGGAUGUCACGAGGUUCCAUUUGGACCAGGAGCUGGAUAAUUACCGUCUGGCCAUGAGGAAGAUGGCAGAUGACAUCCUGUCUCUGCGCAGGCGUGUUGCCAGCCUGGAGGCGGAGAACAGCACGCUGCGCCGCAAUCUGAGCAUGCAUGAGGAAGUGGGCCGCACACUGCUGAAUGACGUGGAUGUGGAUGUCAUGACCAAGGUGGAGAUAGUGGACAGUAUAGUGGCCCUCAAGCACAAACUGGCUGCUGGGACAGUGGAGAUGAGCAGGAUGAAAGACCGUGUGCAACAGCUGCAGAAUGAGCUGAUCCGGAAGAAUGACCGGGAGAAGGAGCUGGUGAUGCAGCAGCGAACCCAGCAGCAUCAGCAGCAGACAGUACUGAGGAAAUACCAGGAGAAAAUCACCAAGAUGAAAGCUCUGGAGGAUACGGUGCGGCAGCAGGAGAAGGUGAUUGAGAAGAUGGAGCACAUGCUGGAAGAGAAGUUUCCAGAGGCUGCUAGAACCUCUGACAGCUUCUCCAAGGAAUUCUACUCCAGCCUGCUAGCUGAGAACCUAAGACUGCGGGAGGAGCUUGGCAGAGCCCGCUCCCGCUCCUCCCCCAUCAUCCUGCAGCAGCAAGCCUUGCCGGACAUGUUCUCCACCAAUGCAGAGAAGCUAUCCUUGCUGGCCAAGCUGGAGAAGGCACAAGGUCGCAUUCAUGUUCUGGAAAGCCAGCUUGAAGAAUCUGCAAGAAAAUGGGGGCGGGAGAAGCAAGACCUCAGCACCCAGCUCUUGGAGCAAGAUCAUGGCUUUGGGCGCUCAUCCAGCACCAUCCUGCAUGACUUCUCACUGAAGAAUUCACCAGAUCCCACAACACAAACCAAGAGGCGCCAGAUGCUCAAUCCACUAUCAUCGCACCUUCCACAAGAUGGACUUACUGGCACUGCUGGAGAAAAACUGUAAAAUGUUCUAUCUGGUCUUCCCAUUCAUCUGAAACAGACCUCUCCUGGGAGGGGUCUACUGGAGAACUGUAUUAAAUGCUUGAUGCCCACCACCAAGUGCUAUUACUGACAUAGGGAAUACCUAUGCAGUCAGAGCUCAGGGAGAUGCUUAGCCAAGUGAUAGGAUCUAGUCUGAGAAGCCCAUAUCAGAGCUUGGAGAAGCACCAGCUGUGGAUGCUAUCACCAAAGGGGCACCGGGGACUGGGGACUUUGAACCUGGUCCAGGACUCCAGCACUUAAAUCCCUGCCCCAAGAGGUAAUCCCCCAUAGCCCCAUCUUCUCCCCAUCUUCAGUGACCUGUACGUGUCUCCCCUUGACUGUUACAAGGCAGUUAAAAACCUGGCCUUCAGCAUGUUUCCAGCAGCUGCCUCUUGAUGGUUCCUUGGGUGAUCUCUUCUGCAGUGUCCCAAGCAUAUAGUUAGAUGAGAAGCUGGCAACUGGUGUUGGGCUUAUCGUCUCUUCCUUUCCUCAUCUUCUCCCCGAGGCAGUAGUGUCUUGGAACAUUGCAUUGCUGGGCCUGGGUGGGGAGGAGUGUGACAGGUAUAAUGGACUGAAAUUAUACCCUGCAGAAUUGGCCUCCAUGUCUUUAGGAGGAUGGGUCAAGAACUUUCUCUUUGGCUGUGAUGAUGGAUAGAGCCCUGCAAAUCCACAGAUAUCUGUUUUACAUCCAUGGCUCAUUUUUGCAGAUGCAGAUAUGAACAGAAAUUUUGUAUCUAGAACCCUGCCAAUGUGUGGAUAUCUGCUUAAUAUCUGUGGAUAUCCGCAUCUGCAGAUGUGGAUAUCCACGGCUCGUUUUUACUGUACAGAUGCAGAUACAAACACAAAUGCUGUUUCUGUGCAACGCUGUAAGGAUGGAACACUGCCCAUUCUACAGCACGUUAGCUAUGCCUGAAGGACCAGUCUGGAUCAUUUUCACCCUCCAAGUGAUGUUCAUGGAGGGUGAUGCUCUUCUUUGAGGCGUGUCCCUGAGGGCGCUCCACCGUGGGUGUCUGGGCAACACUGUGCACCAAGUUGGAGAUUUUUGGUAGCAGUGCCCUCCAGUAGGCUGCACGCACGAAGCAGACAGCACAGACAGUGCUGCUACCAGGCAUUCGCAGCCAACUGUCCCUUCAGUUCCUUCUCUGCCGCCAGUGGCGUCAGUCGGAAUUGCAGUUGCUCUCUAGACAUUUACAAAAACUUCAUCGUUCGUUGUUAUUGUUAGUGUAGUUUAGGAUAGUUUUUUACAGUUUAAUAGUUAAAUCAGUUAGUGUUAAAAACAUUUUUUUCUCAUAACUGUUAAGGUUGGUUUUGCCUUAACAAUAUUUCCUUCCUGGGAUGCUAGAUUCCCCAGGCUUCAGACGCUGCCUGUCCUGCAGGCUCUCAAUCCAUUUCCAAUGGCAACUCACAGUAUGUUCGGUGCCUGGAGCAGGCUCAUGCCACAGCCCAGUGCCAGCACUGCAGACAGUUAAUGGCGUGCAUGCGUAAAGCCAGGGGGCUACAAUUGAAGCUUCUCUCCCUAAAGAACAAUUGACAGCCCUCUUCAUUGGCCAUGUCUGAGAAGGCUGUACCCUCGCCAGGGACUCUUCCUCUGACCAGCCUAGGAAGAGAUCUCAUUCUUCAAGUAAGGGUGACUCCCUUUCAAAAAAUGGGGGCAAACACCCAAAAUACCCCCUGCACUGAUCGCAUCUAGGGCACUAGACAAGAAGGUACUGGGACCAUCUGGAACCAACGGUUCCCAAGGACCUCACUAAGGCAGGUGUUAAGGCACCAGAGAAGCCCAAAUCAAAAUUGGCUCCGCCAGCACCAUCUGACUCAGCCUCAGUGCCAAAGAAAGCAAGAACUAAGUCAGCUUCUUUGGACACACCUCCGGCACUGAAGAAACCUAGGUCUCCGGCACUGAAGAAACCA